AUGGACUAUCGGCGGCUGCUGAUGCGUCGGGCGGUCCCCGGGCAGUUUGACGACGCGGAAUCCUCGGACAGUGAAAACAUUGACUUGAAGACCGUCAAAGAGGAAGAUGAUGUUGUAUUUGAAGACCUUCAGAGUAACGCCAAUGAGAAGAUGGGUGAAAGUGAGCCGGAAGAGGAGGAAGACGGAGAUUAUGACGAAGACGAUGACUGGGUCUGGGGCGAUGGAGUCGGAAAGCUCACGCGGUGUUAUGCUUCAGGUGGAGGGAGUAACCCUCAGGCCAAUAGACAGACUCCCAGCUUCAAUGCAGCCAAAAUGUCUACUCCAGCAGACAAAGUCUUACGGAAAUUUGAGAAUAAAAUUAAUCUAGAUAAGCUAAAUGUUACUGAUUCUGUAAUAAACAAAGUCACCGAAAAGUCUCGACAAAAGGAAGCAGAUAUGUAUCGCAUCAAAGAUAAGGCAGACAGAGCAACUGUAGAACAGGUGUUGGACCCCAGAACACGAAUGAUCCUGUUCAAGAUGCUGACAAGGGGAGUCAUAGCAGAGAUCAACGGCUGCAUCAGCACCGGAAAAGAAGCUAAUGUAUAUCAUGCUCGCACAGCAAAUGGAGAGAGCAGAGCAAUCAAAAUUUACAAGACUUCAAUUCUGGUGUUCAAAGACCGGGAUAAGUAUGUCAGUGGGGAAUUCAGAUUUCGCCAUGGCUACUGUAAAGGCAACCCCAGAAAAAUGGUGAAGACGUGGGCAGAGAAGGAAAUGAGGAACUUAAUCAGGCUAAACACAGCAGAGAUUCCAUGCCCAGAACCCAUCCUGCUGCGAAGUCAUGUUCUCGUCAUGGGUUUCAUCGGCAAAGACGACAUGCCAGCGCCGCUCUUGAAAAACGUCCAGUUAUCAGAGUCCAAGGCUCGGGAGUUGUACGUGCAAGUGAUCGAGUACAUGAGGAGAAUGUACCAGGACGCCAGGCUGGUGCAUGCGGACCUCAGUGAAUUCAACAUGCUGUACCACGGCGGAGGUGUGUACAUCAUCGACGUUUCUCAGUCCGUGGAGCACGACCACCCGCAUGCCUUGGAAUUCUUAAGAAAGGACUGCACCAAUGUCAAUGAUUUCUUUCUGAAGCAUGGCGUUGCCGUGAUGACUGUGCGGGAGCUCUUUGAAUUUGUCACGGAUCCGUCAGUUACACCCGAGAACAUGGAUGCGUAUCUCUCAAAGGCCAUGGAAAUAGCAUCUCAAAGGACCAAGGAGGAAAGGUCCAGCCAAGAUCAUGUGGAUGAGGAGGUGUUCAAGCAAGCUUACAUUCCAAGAACCUUGAAUGAAGUGAAAAACUAUGAGAGGGACAUGGAUAUAAUGAUGAAAUUGAAGGAAGAGGACAUGGCCAUCAACGCCCAGCAGGACAACAUUCUAUACCAAACUGUCACGGGACUGAAGAAAGAUCUGUCGGGCGUUCAGAAGGUCCCUGCACUCCUGGAAAGCCAGGUUCAGGAAGAGACUGGUUCUGAUUCAGAAGAUGCAGGGAGCGUGGAGUGCUCUGACACAGACUCUGAGGAGCAGGGGGAUCACGCCGGCUCCAGGAAGCCCCCUGCCGACCCUGAAGUUAAUAGAAAGGAAAGAAAAAAGAUGGUCAAGGAAGCCCAGAGAGAGAAAAGAAAAAACAAAAUUCCUAAACACGUGAAAAAAAGAAAGGAGAAGGCAGCCAAGAUAAAAAGGGGCAAAUAG